AUGUCUCUUGCACCCAACACCGGCUCGGUGGAGCCGACAGCCUACAGCGCUCAUGCGUCCCGCCUGCUCGCAAGAGGCGAGCGGAUCGACAAGCGCGCCUUUGACGCCUGCCGCUUACCCACCAUUGUACGCGAGGAGCGCUUCGGCAGUGCUUCUGUAGCUGGUGCGGCGGACGGAUGCCCGCAAAACCUCGAAAAGGGCAUAAUGGCGGGCGCCAGUACCGGGCCCGAUAGCAAAAGCCUUGCCGCUGUCAUGUACACCGACGCGUACGGGACGUGCAUACAAUGCACCGUGCAGGGACUUCUGGGUCCCCCUUUCCCCGAUCAGCCUGCGGCUGGCCGACUCAAUGUGCGUGUUGAGGCACCAUUUGCCGAGCACUUGAGUGGUGGUGCAGCCAGCAGUAACUACCGCUCCUUCCAGUACAUGGUUACUAGCGGCAGCACCGAUCUGCCGCAACGGCAGCUGGAGGGCUACAUUAGCACUGUGCUGGACGGCUGCUUUGAUUUGAGCCAGCUGAGCAUCUACGAGGGUGAGGCGUGCUGGGUGCUGAACGUGAAUGUCCUUCUCUUAAGCUUUGACGGAGGGCUGCGUGCUGGCAGUCUCCACGCAGCCCUCGCCGCGCUUCACAAGUUGCACCUGCCGCGGACACGACUGCCCAACGGUGACGUUAUCGAGGGACGCCAGGUGCAGCUCUCAUGCAUGCCGGUGGCAUGCACCUUCGGGUUCUUGGCGGGCGCUCAAGUGCGACUCGUGACGGACACCACGGCCAUCGAGGAGCGUGUUGCGGACGGCCUGAUCACAGUGGUGGUGAGCGAGAUGGAGGCGCUUGUCAGUGUGCAUCAUACCGGCCGCUGUCCGUUGCUGACUCAGGCACUGACAGCCGCAACUCAGCAGUGGAUGGCGACCUCUGGAGCAAUGCGCAAGGCUCUGUACGGCUAG